CGAUGGGAAAGCGGGAUGUUCAAGUCCUCUUCCUGCUUUUAUUGUUUUGUGUGUGUGGCUCGGUGUGUUUUUGAUCAUCAUGGAGGGGAGCGGCAGUGCCGUCAAUACUCCCGCCAGCAGACCUGUUACUCGUAGAAGCAAAAGUUAUGGUCGGAGUUGUGUAGAAGCGCCCUCAUAUUUCUGGCAAACACCAGGACAUUUAGCAGUCUUGAAGAUCCCAACCAGUAGAGGGACUGCCAAAUCACAAACAAUCACUAAUAAGGUUGACCCUGAGCAUAUUGCUCUUCUGGUAAAAAAUGAGUGGAAGCUGUCCUCCGUCACCCCUUUGCAUCACUUCAGACAUACACAGCUGAAAUCAUAUUCCAAACAUCUCUCAGCCUUCAUUGUGGCAGAGAAACAGCAAGGAGUUGCAGUUGAAGUCGGGCUAGAAGCGGGAUUUAAGGUCACGUUUAUUGCAGUUCUUGGAUUGGCUGAGACCGAUGAGGAUGCUGAGACUGUUUUCAUUCAGAUCCAGUCCAAACCAGUAUUUGCUGCAGUGGCAGAUGCACCGAAAGUUGUCUGGCGCGGUUGGCUCACAUGUGUCAAUGGUGAUCCAGAGUACCUAAGGUCACUGCCUCCGGAUUUUGUCAGCUUACCUCUGUUUUGCACGAGUGGACCGGAGUCUCUUACAACCCUGGUUAAAUCUUGGUUCGAGAGGGCUUUUGAUUGCAACUUUGGUUCUUUGGCUUUAAACUCCACCACUCUCAAUUGGCUGGCUGCUCUGUGGACUGGUUGCCAUCCCACCUGCAAUAUCAGGCAUCUGAAACUGGCCUGGAGCCUUCCAACACAGCCACCCCUGGAUGUCUCGUAUACAGUUAACCCACAGGAUGCGUGGGAACUCUGGAACAGCAUUCACCCAGAGGAGAGUACAGAUGACCUGAUCGAUAUUAAUGAGGUCCAGUCUUUCAUCAAAGGGCUGGAGACUCAUUUUUUCAGACACUUUAAGAUCUACCUGUCUGCUGGCACACUUGUGAAAGUAUCUACCGUUCUGGGAUCAGCACAUCUUGAUGGGAAAAUCAAGAUUGGAAACAGUGACUACAUCACCACCUUACUUACCCUGCUGACAGAAUGUGCUCUUUUGAAAAUGGCAACCUAAAAUCUGCUUCCUACUUUAGAUUUGUAAAUGCAUUUUUGGUUUGUUGUUUUUUUUUUUUUCUUUCCAUGCCAUCUAAACUUUUAUAUCUUUUAAAGCUUGGUGUCUCAUAUUUAUUUUUUGUGCUGUAAAAUGUCUAUGUUUGUUUUCCAGCUUUUAAAAUUGAACUUUUUAUUCUGUUUUCAGAUGCCUGUUUUCUUUUCUUUAACUUACUAGUUUUAUCAAGACAAAUAACAUUAUAUCAGUCCAUAAGGCUUAUAUUAAUGUGAUACAACUCAUUUAUCACAAAUAAAUCUGAUUAUCAACUAUGUAAAUGUAUCCCAACUACAUGUAUAGUUUCUUAUUUAGUUCACACAAAUAGGCCUUAGUAUGUCUAUUAGUAUAUUGUAACGUAUGUUUAUAUUUUAUACAAGCAUUUUGAACCCUUUAAAGUAUGUAAAUCACUUAGGGAUAUUUGUUAUCUUUACACAAUGAAUAGUGGCUUGAGUUUGGUUGUUUAGAUGUGUUUUGACUCGGGGCCUCUGAAAUUUUCUGAUUACGUUUUACUAGCAGUGCCAACAAUGUCAGAAUCGAACUAUCUAAAUAUAUAACAUUUUACAAAGCAUGUAAGUAGAACUGGCAAGCAGAAGUCUGUUCUAAUGUUAGCUUGGAUUUUAAAAGAUCGGUUUCUUAUUUUGUAAUGGAUUUAAAUUGACUUUGUGUUGUUGCAUAUUACUUUUUCUUUAAUUUGCACUCAAAACAUCCUUCAUUAAAGCAUUUACAUCAGAAAUGGACCUAAGAUGUGCGUAACAAAAUGUAUUUGAAUAUUUACCUUUCGUCUCU